UCAUUAUUCAACCAAGUAUAAGACUUAAGAAAUGGAGCUUCACAACUUAACUUUCAAGGGAUUGCCCCAUUGCAUCUUGGUUGGCAUUUUAGUGUCUCUAUGUUUUCUAGCUUCUUCUUCUCAAGCUAAAACUCACUACCAUGAAUUUGUUAUUCAAGCGAAGCCAGUGAAGAGGCUGUGCAGAACCCAUAGCAUAAUUACAGUGAAUGGACAAUUCCCUGGACCAACAUUGGAAGUCAGAGAUGGGGAUAGUCUGGUGAUCAAAGCUGUAAAUAAUGCGAAAUACAAUGUCACCCUCCAUUGGCAUGGAAUAAGGCAACUUCGAAAUCCAUGGGCAGAUGGACCUGAUCAUGUUACUCAGUGUCCAAUUCUACCAGGUGGGAGUUACACGUACAGGUUCACAAUUCAAAAUCAAGAGGGGACUUUAUGGUGGCAUGCUCAUAGCAGAUGGCUUCGGGCCACUGUUUAUGGAGCUCUCAUAAUCUAUCCUAAAUUGGGUUCUUCAUAUCCAUUUCCAAUGCCCAAGCGAGAGAUCCCGAUUCUUCUUGGUGAGUGGUGGGACAGGAAUCCCAUGGAUGUCCUGAGGCAGGCAAUCUUCACAGGAGCAGCACCAAAUGUUUCUGAUGCUUAUAACAUUAAUGGCCAACCCGGCGAUCUCUAUAGAUGUUCCAGUAAAGAAACUGUAAUAUUCCCUGUGGAUUCAGGCGAGACGAUUCUCCUACGAAUCAUUAACUCUGCUAUGAACCAGGAGCUCUUCUUCGCAGUGGCUAAUCACAGACUAACUGUCGUAGCUGUUGAUGCAGCCUACACCAAGCCUUUCACAACCUCUGUGAUUAUGAUAGCUCCUGGUCAAACAACUAAUGUCCUCCUCACUGCCGAUCAAACCCCAGGUCGCUACUACAUGGCAGCACGUGCAUAUAACACUGCCCAGAAUGCAGCAUUUGAUAAUACGACUACAACUGCAAUCCUGCAAUACAAAUCUGCUCCUUGUAAUUCCAAGAAAGGGAAGUCCUCGCAGGCAAUCCUGCCCCAACUACCAGCCUACAACGACACAAAUACAGCAACGGCAUUCACUGCCCAAUUAAGGAGUCCUUCCAACGUGAAAGUUCCCACUGACAUUGACGACAACCUGUUUUUCGCAGUGGGAUUAGGAUUAAUUAAUUGUACCAAUCCCAAUAGCCCCCGCUGUCAGGGUCCAAAUGGAACCCGAUUUGCUGCCAGUAUCAACAAUGUGUCUUUCGUACUGCCGACAAGAAACUCCAUAAUGCAAGCUUACUACCAGGGUCAACCUGGCAUCUUCACCACAGACUUUCCACCUGCUCCCCCUAUAAAAUUUAAUUACUCAGGCAAUGUGCCCCGGGGCCUAUGGCAACCUGUUCCAGGAACUAAGCUUUACAAGCUCAAGUAUGGUUCGAAAGUACAAAUUGUGUUCCAGGAUACCAGCAUUGUAACAACUGAGGACCACCCAAUGCAUCUCCAUGGAUACGAAUUUGCAGUUGUUGGGAUGGGUUUUGGUAACUUCAACCCAGGAACAGAUACAGCUAAGUUCAACCUCAUUGAUCCACCGCUUAGGAAUACUAUUGGAACCCCUCCUGGCGGUUGGGUAGCCAUCCGAUUUGUUGCUGAUAAUCCAGGUAAUAUACAAAAACUUUAUACUUCAAUACAAAUGCAUUAUGGUACCUCUAUUGACCCGCCUAGUAUGAAACAGGAAUUUGGUUGUUGCACUGUCACCUGGAUUCCCAUAUUACCUGGGGUUUGGCCAUGGCUUUCCUGGUUGAGAAUGGAGUUGGGAAGUUGCAGUCCGUACAGCCUCCACCGCUAGAUCUACCCCAAUGUUAGUGUCUCCUCUGAAGAAAGAUGCCCAAGAAUCAACUUCAAUCAUUCUCCCAGACGACGCAUUUACCAUUUCCAUGGAUAUUGUAUUGACUUUCUUAGUUUUAGAGGGGAUGAUGUUGAAUUAAUUAAGCAAGUUAAUUUUAUAUGUUUUAACUUAAAGAAAAUUCUAUUGGCUUUCUUAGUUUUGAGUGCAUGUAUUCCUCUUAGAAUCUGAAGAAAAUUCUCAUUUUGUAAUAAAUUGGAAUAUUUAUUACUUCUUA